UUCUACAAGUGUUAAAGAGUGACGUGACAACAAUUUUUAAUUCUGAAAGUCAAUUUUGAAAGACAGCUUCGAAAAUGAAGCUGGUAUUACUCACAGCUUUAGUACUUAAACAUGCAGGGCACAUCAUAGCUAAUGAGCACUAUGGAUUCCCACCUCAAUUCCAAAAACCAAAUUCAGGUGUAUUUGCCUCAGACAGUUCAAUUUAUCUCCCACCUGAAUCUCACACUCCUGUGCCUUAUUUUCCAAUAAAAAAUUCAAAUAACCUACCAUUUCCCUAUUUACCACCAACCGGUACUAAAGCACCAUCAAUUUAUCCAUCACCGUUCCCGGUAAUUUUGUCAUCUACAUUAGUCCCAAUAUUCGAUGAAGAUGAUGAUAAAGAGCACGAAGAAAGAAAUAAAUUAAGAGUGUCAUCGACACCACACCCUCCGCCGCAAUUCAAAAGGAAUGUAACCGAAAAUAAUCAACACGCACAGCAAUCCCAACAAGCACAAAGAAGGGAAAUGAGACAAAUGCCCAAAAUGACGAAUUAUCAUAAUCCUAUUGAUAGAGUUGAUAUGCGGUUUCCAGUCAGAGAUUUUCCCACGGGACCUUCAACACCGAACCCAAUAAAUCAAACCCCAAGGAAUAUGAUAAUAUCGGUUGAUACGCACAGGAACGAUCGCGGGUUAGACCAGAUUAGAGCAGCUUCUGCACAGAACCCUCAUUAUAUUCCUGCGGGAUUCGCCAUUUCUUCGACAACAGAACCGGCAAUACCCAUACUUCGAUUGUCAAAUGAAAUGGAUUUGGAUGGGAGUUUCAGCUACGAGGCUCUAGGUGCAGAUCAAACCCACUACGUGCAACACAGCCAUAUGGAAAAUAUGGGUACUGAAAAAGAAGAACAAGUCGUGGAAGGGUCAUAUUCAUACGUCGGUGAUAAUGGCAUAACUUACACCGUUAAUUACAUCGCUGAUUCAAAUGGUUUUCGAGCCAGUGGAGAACAUUUACCAGUUGCGCCACCUAUUCCCGAAAUCAUUCAAAGGUCCGUUCAGUAUAAUUUAGCAGAAGAAGCUAAGAAACCACCGAAUCUAAGGUCCUGGCAAGCUGACGAAAAAGAAUACGAUAAUCCAUUGGACAGACAUAACUUCGCGCCACCACCACCACCACCAAGGAACCUAUUUACAGGCAGAACUCCAGAAGCAUUUUCCUACAAUUUCGCUCAAGGUUCUAAUAAUGAUAACAAUUUAGCUGCAGCAGCUAGUUCCCAAGUUCAGGUCAAAACAAACAGUGAUUUUAAUAUCGAUCCGUCACGUAAGUCCAACGGUCCAAUUGCACCGCAAAUAACCUUUGUUGCUUCUCAAGGCGCACACAUGCCGUCCAUGAAUAGUGCUCAACAACAGCAAUCAAUAUCGCGAGUAUUUUCGAAUGAGAAAACCGGCAUGCCCCAAUUAAUUAAUUACGAUGCAGGUAUGAAGGAAGCCGAACAAGAAGCAAACAAAGGUUUAUGGCGCUGGCAAUAUGGACUAAACUCGAACAACGGGAAUCAGGGUCCAGAAAAGAAUACAAUAUCGAGAUCGUUCGGUGAAGAUGACAUCAUGAUAAAUUUUAACGAUAUGAGCCCGGAGCAAUACACAAAAAUGUUGCAAUCAGAACUUGAACCAGACUCUAAAGAUAGCAGCGCUCCCUCAGAUUUUAGUAAUAAUCAACUAAACAAUCAAAAUAAAUACAAUAUGGCCAAUCAAAUGAACCAGUACCAUAAUAGCAAUGAAAAUAAUUACUAUACAUCAAAUAAUAACUAUCAACCCGCAGUAUCAACAGAAGCAUCAUCUACUUAUUCUAUGACAUCCAGUAUCCCGGAAAACUACUUUAGUAAAGAGAGUAGUACGGCAUCUCAGUCCACUACAAAUACUUUUAGCCAAAACAAUUACGUGUCACCAAAACCAGUAACAAAUUCGUUCGAUUAUAAUGAAAAUCCUGAUAACAUUUAUGAAUCAAAAAGAAUUAAAGCUCUACAUUACGAAACCACUACAAAACCUAGCUACAAUAUGAACUCAAUACCGGUUUCUAGUCAAGAGCAAAAGAUUUCUUACAACAACAUUUGGUCAAACGCUAGAGAUUUAGAGCAACACUUACAAAGUGAACCUAAAAGUAUUACUCAAGUGCCACUAUUCUACAACAGUAUUAGCGUUCCGAAAAAUAUCGAAAUGUAUGACCAGAAAUCAGAAUUUGUACCAAUUAAACCGAUAGAGGAACAUCAAACUACCACAACCACUACCACAACGACCACUACAACUGCACUCCCAGAACCUAGCACGGAAAGCCUAUUCAAAACAAACUUCUUCCUCAAAAAUUUAUUCUCCCCUAAAAAACAAGAACAAAAAAAUAUGAAUCAAAUUGCAGAAGAGCAUAAAAAAAUCGCUCAAAACAAAGUUAUAGCUGAAACAAAAGCCGACAAAAUUACAAAAUUCAUUCCGUACCAACCAAAACCUCACACUGAAUUGAAAAGUUUAAAAAAUAGGAAGCCUAUGGAGUUAUCAGAUAUGGUGAAUUUCAUCAAUAUGAAGAACUACUUCGAAUCCAGCAAAGUCAAACCUAAAACGUUUAGUUUUAAUAAUAAUUAUGAUAAUAGGAACGAGCAACGUUACCUUCCCACUCAAUAUGACUUACAAGAAGAUCGUGAUGAAGAAUAUAGCGUACCACAGCCAAAACAAGCAAGCAAUUUACGAAGUUAUGAGGAGCAGGAUGAAUUUAGAAGUCCACCACAGCUUAGAAAUAACUUGCAUAGUAGUUUGAGUCAAAACGAAGAACUACGGGGGAUAAUAAAGAAUUACAAGGUGCUACAGCGCAAUAACCAUGCAAGGCAUUCCGAUUUGGGUUAUCAAAACCGCAAAGAAUCGAAUCCUCCAUUGGUUAAAACACUGCAGGCAGGUUUGCCACCAUUAGGACGUGCAGGGCCUUCUAUGAAAACCUAUUUACCACCUACAUACGUUUAAGUUUUACUGUGAUCAAAUUUUCCGAAGUGUUGUUUUGUAAAUAAGUUUUCUCACUGCAUUUAUUAGUGUUAGUUGUGAACAAAAAUAAAAAAAUAUAAAAAUUA